AUGUCAUUUCAUAAUGAGAUAGAUGGAGGAGCAUGUUUUAAAGAUGUUGACUUCCAAUUGUCAACAAAUAUACUUCGAGCAUACUGGACAACUCCAUACUGGAGGAGACAUGUUUUAAAAGAUAUAUUAUGGGCAGUAGAAAUACAGGAUCGCAAUAUUGACAAAUGGAAGACCCUUACUGAAUAUCAACAUCUGAAAGCAACUUCGACACAUUUGCAUGUCAGUGAUUUGUCGUUAUCUGCCGGCAGGAGAUAUCGGAUAUCAUUGAAGUUCUGUGCUGGCAAAUACUGUUUUAUGCCUAUUCAAAGUGAUGGUGUAUUUAUUGUUCCGAAUUCUCCGAAAACAGGAAAUCUGUCCGUCACAGCAAAUGGAACACAGAUUGACAUAACCUUAGAUCGCUUCGUGGAUCCUGACAUUGAAAGUGUUGACAAAGCAAGAGAUGUCAUGAGUUACUACGAAUGGGCGUUAGCAGAUAAAUUUCUUUCCAGUCAUUUUCUUACGGAUUGGAAACGUUUACCACUACCAACUUCUCAAAAUGAUAAUUUGAUGCUUUUCAAAAUUGAUCAGAAAGACAGUGAACUAUUCGGCAAAUGUGUUGUAUUAGAGAUUCAAGGAUACACAGUUACUGGCCUGUCGUCAGUGGUGACAACUGAAUUACAAAAUUCCCCUGGCCGAGAAAAAUGCACGGAAAGCUUAGUCGUUGAUGCUGUCGGAGACCAAUUGCCAACAAAUGAGUUCGUAAAUGUAAAAUUUGAAAAAGGGGAGCUAAUACAUGGUAGCCGAUAUGCUAUUUGCAUUCAUCACACUCAACGUAGUUUCGAAGGAAAGAUCCAGCAUGUUAUUAACCAAUGUAGUGAUGGUAUAACUGUCGACUUAUCUCCACCUCUAACUGCCGAUGUAUGGAUAGGAACAACGGAAAGUCAUCAAAGCUUUCAGACAUCAACGUCAGACCUUACUGUCAACUGGGAUUCUUUUACUGAUAUAGAAAAAUAUGGAUAUGCUAUGCACAAGACUGCCAUUAUGUACUACGAAGUAGUUUUAGGUAUGGUUCCAAAUUGGAAGGGCGUUUUUGUUGACAAGGAAAGUGGAAUAGAUCACUAUAGCUGGGCUAUAGGAACCCAAGUAGGAUACUGCGACAUAUCUGAGUUUAAUGAUACUUUGGAAGAAUGUGGAACUACACCAACGGAGAAUCCUUUGAAUUUGACAGAUGGAUUUGCGUAUUUCAUUACAGUAAAGGCACACAAUAAAGCUGGGCUAUUCGCAGCGACAUCUUCAUGGGCAUUUGUCGUGGAAUCAUCACCACCUAUAUGUGGCGUGGUUUAUGAUGGGCCUAAAGGCAAAAAUGGAACUUUCACUGACAUAGACUAUCAAGAUAGUCAUUCAACGCUGCAAGCACAUUGGAAAGGUUUCCACGAUCCACACACUAUAAUAGUUGACUACUUCGUUAACAUAGGCUCAUGUCGACAAUGUGAGGAUAUAUUGCAAAAGCAAGCAGUUGGAAUACGGAAUGAUAUAACAUUAACGAGUCUACAAUUACCGGGUGGUGUUCAAUUCUUCGUAACAGUAACUGCAUGUAAUUCGGCAAACCUCUGUUCAAGUACCACCUCUGAUGGAUUUAUCGUCGACUUAACGCCACCAGUUUCAGGAAAAGUGUUUGAUGGGCAUACAGGAACUGAUAUACAAUACCAGGCUUCAAGAAAUUACAUUGGAUGCAGAUGGGAUGGUUUCACUGACCCCGAGUCGAACAUUUCAAACUAUGUAUGGCGAAUCGGAACACAACCGGGAAAAGACGACAUUCUACCAGCGACAGAUGUUCAUAAUCAUAAUGAAGCAUAUAUUUUGAAUUAUAAAUCGAAUUCAAAAAAGUAUUUACCAGGGGGCGUUCGUAUGUACUGUACUGUUAGAGCCUUUAACCAUGCAGGCAAAUUUGUAGAACAGUCGUCUAACGGUUUCGUUAUAGAUGACUCACCACCGGUAUUUCUAAAAAAUCUAACAAUGAGUCCUGUUGGAACCAUAAAGGCUGGAACCACUGUGCUCACAACUAGCUUAAAGGUCUAUUGGAGCGUAAACGAUAAUGUUUCCCAUAUAAAAAGUCAGCAUUUAUCGUUUUCUUCACAUAUCGGAGGAGACUUCAAUUUACCAUCAAUAAAGGUAGAUGGCACAGUAAGAGAACAUACGUUUACCAACUUAGACUUGCAUGACGGUAGUUACUACAGUAUCAAUAUCAUAUCAUGCAAUAGUGCCAAUUUGUGUACGCCAUCAACACUUGAAAAUAUUUUAGUAGACAGUUCUCGACCUACAUCAGGAACUUUUGCGAUAGAUACAGAUCGUGCAGCACCUAUAAAAAGACAACCGGAAGACUGGAUGACAUGGGACACAUUUUCAAUAAACCUCUCUUUGCUUGGAUUCGAGGACAUCCACUCUGAUAUAUGUACUUACGCUGUGAAUAUCGGCAGCAGUUAUUCCAGUAAUGAUUUAAAUUGGGAACAGCAUAAAGAGAUUAUAGUGCUUCACAAUACGAGCGCGUCCUUCAAUAGAGAGGGCCAAGUUCAAACAUUCAAAGUUAAGACACAGAAUUUGACGGAACAGAAUACAGUUUUUAUAAGUGUUGCAGCGAUUAACUGUGUUGGUCUUUCCAGUGAGGUUGUGCACGCUCAAUUUAUCCUCAAAGACGGAGGUGCUAUGGACAUUAUACGACACUGUGAAAGUAUCAGUUGUGCAGGUCACUGCGUAUGUGCUGCUAAAGGACAAACAUGUCCAUCCCAACAAAAAUGUAUUGACGUUAGUGACAAAGAAGAUAGAAAGGAUACCAUUCAUGUAGAAGACUAUACUGAUCUCCAGUUCCCAAGCUCUUACAAGAAAAUUUCCCACUCACCAAUUAAUACAGUCAUUGCUGGAAAGUGGUUCGUCGAGAAGCUUGGUGACUCUAUCCCUAUAUGGUAUGAAUGGAGUGUAGGUGAAAGCCAGUAUGAAAAUCCAGUCGGUGUUUUCAAUUCAACAGAUAAAGUAUGGCAUGACGCUGGUCAGAGGAAUUAUUGUGUGUUUACUGUUGAAAGAGAAAAUCCAGUUUUAACUAACUACAAAACUUACUCUGUUUUUGUCCGUGCGUGGUACAAAAGCAACGAAUUUGCUGUUUACAAAAGUGCUGGUUUAACAAUCAUACAUUCACACCCUAUUUCUAUGGAGACAAAUGACAAUAAAGUUAAAGAAGUACUCCAAAGGAAUACCGUCGAUGUUGAUUUUAUAUCAAAAACAAAGCAUUUGCAGGUGGAUUGGGCCGGGAUAUUUACAGACAGUAGUUUGAAAUACAAUUUAUUUAUAAGAUCUGAGGGACAUGAUUUACAAACAGUAGCAAAAGGACUGGAUUCAUCUAUAACAAAAUACAAUUUGUCUGGACUUGAUUAUGAUGUAGACACCAAAUACUACAGUGUUGUACAGGCAUUUAACCUUGCUGGCCUUUAUACAACUGCAAUGUCAGAUGGGUUUAUUGUGGAUAUUAAUCCGCCGACAACUGGAAUUGUUUUAAACUCGUUCGGUUUAUCAAAAAAUAAGCGUCCGUAUAAUGUCAGUGUAGCGAUUUUCACUUGGCAUGGUUUCUCGGAUAUUGGGUCUGGUAUAAAGCUUUACGAAUAUUGCGUCCUAGAAAGCCUAAAGGAACAUUCAUGUGAUCACAAGACAAUACAUCGAGUUGGAAGACAAACACGACUUGAGUAUGAACCAUCUUAUGAGCUUCAUCAAGGUAGUUUACUACGUGGACUUGUUCGGGCCCGCGACUUUGCUGGUAAUGUGUCUCCCUUUGUUUACUCUGAUGGUAUAAUAGUUGAUACAACUCCUCCAGUUCAAGGCAAAAGAGUUAAAUGUCACCAGAAUAGCCUGUCAAAUUUGUUUUUCUCAAUAUUGUUUAAGCAUAAAAACGAAUCUAAAAUUUGUGACGAUAUAUCUGAAACAAAAUGGAAAACCAUUGGAAAAACAUGCGUUUCGCUCAGGAAAUCCGAUUCAACGAACAGUGAUACAACGGUUUUGCAUAUUCAGGGAUCAAUGUCGCAAGAUGUUACACAUAUAGCUCAUGGUAAGUACAGACUUACAUUUUACACAUCAACGAUACCAUCGGAUGACUUGAAGUUAUCUGCUGUCGAAGGAUACGUUCAAGUUAAGGAGCAGAGACAUGUAUUCAUGAUCUAUAGAAAGCCAAGCGUACAAACAUAUUCCUGGCAGAAACAUAUUUACUUUUUCCAUGUGUUUGAUGAAUCAAUGCUUACUGUAGAGGUAGGAACUCUUUCACCUGGAUCUGCUUUUGCAGUAAAUGAUAUUCAGUUCCAGCACUGUAGUGUGGUCCCUAUCACGGAAGAUGGAUCCUUGAGCAAUGUUGAUGUAGAGAUAGUGUUUGUGCAUGAUUGGUCUUCUAUACACGCAGAGUGGAAUUUCACUGACCCUGAAACAGAAAUAGUAAACUAUGCGUGGGCAAUAGGAACAAAACAAGGCGGAACAGAGUUACAAGAGUUUGUCAGUGUAGGAAAACAAACAUUUGCAAGCAAUGCUAUGCUAAGGCUGGACCAUGGAUCCAUUGUCUAUAUUACCGUUAUCGCAACAAACGCCAUUGGUCUACAGUCAAAAAGCUAUUCUAAACCUUUCCUUAUUGAUUUGACUGAACCAGUGUGCAGAUACAUAAAUGAUGGUCCUUUGUUGGGACUUGACCUUGAUCGAACAAGCAAAAGUAAACUUUACUUUAACUGGGACAUCGUUGAUCCGGAGUCUGGGGUCAAGGAAUGCAUUUGGGCUUUAGGUAUCUUUGCACGAGAUACGUCUAUUCAGAAGUAUACGGAAAUAAGACCGGAAUCAAAGAACGUGAGCAAAUUGCUCGAAAAGGUUCCAGAAGGAAGCGUUUAUAUUACUGUUCGUUGUACAAAUGGUGCUGGAUUAUCACAAACAUGUUCCUCCGAUGGAAUUCAACUUAUAACAAAGCCUCCGUCGAUUCUGAAAGUUAAAUUAGAAUUACUAACUGCCUCUACAACUAAGUUUAAAACACGUGGUCGGUAUCAUGGAGACAAGACAGGUAUACAAGUUCGCUGGAAGGGAUUCCGUCUCGAUGACAAUGUCCGGAGUUAUAUGAUUGAACUGGAUGGGAGUGGGACAUCGAUAUUGCAACGUGUAAAUGGAUCCUCAACGGGCUAUAUAUACGCAAGUUUUACAAACUUGACCCUCGAUGAUGGCGAGUACAGCAUUGCAGUAGUUGGUAUUAACAACAUGAAUGUGCAAAGUCUGAGAGUAACUGACACGUUUGUAGUAUCGACACAACCUCCAUUUCUUACAGGAAUCCCAAUAACUGCUAUAUGGGGUAAAGGGAAGAUAACUGCAUUGUGGGACAACGUGUUCGUGUCAACGAUUCCAGUAUACUACGAGUGGUCCGUGCGACUUGUUGAGGAUGAAAACGAUUUUCUGAUCAAAUGGCAAGAAUCAGAUGAAACAUUCACAGAGACCUUGGUUGACACCAGCAAAGUGACCGGAAAAGGAAUUAACGUUCGUUUCACAGUCAGAGCUAUAGCAUACUCGGGAUUGUUUGAGACAGCCUUUGAAGACCUAUUGGUUUCCGCUGAUUAAAAUUGCAUCAGAGGCUACUUUUCUUGAUUAAGUGCUCGAACAUUCAAUAUCAUUCAGUUUUAAAGGCUACUAGUGUAAUUGUAUUUAUUAUUCUUCCUAACAAACAUAAUAUAAAAGUGUAUUUAUUAUUCAUCAUAAAAAUACAAAAUAUAAAAAGUGUAAUGACUAAAACAAAAUU